AAAAAAAAAAAAAAAAAAAAAAAAAAAAAAAAAAAAAAAAAAAAAAAACUCACCUUGCCGCAAUACCUCGCCCUCCCACACCCAACACACCUACUCAGCCCACCACCCGCCUCGCCCUUCCCACCGCACGCCGAGCAGACCGUAGGAUCCUCCUCGACGCCCCCUAGCGCCAGCACCUUCUCCAGCGCGCCGGGGACGGCCUUGACGGCGGCCGCGUCGGCCUUGGAGACCCUGACGAAGCCGCGCUUGGUCUCGUCGGCCGGCGGCACGCGCCUGGCCCGCGGCAUGACGAUGGUGUUGCCCUUUUUGAGCCCGCGCCCCUUGAGGUCGAGGUCGUCGCGCCCGUAGCCCUCAAACACCACGGCGAACGGGGACCCGUCCCGGUCCUCCACCACCAGCGUCGGCUUGGCUAUCGUCAUGUCGUUUUUGAUGUGCGCGAGAAGGUUGGGAACCUGUCCCGGUUACUGAAAUCUGGCAAUGGCGCCAUUUUUUGGUUUUAGUGUUUUUGGCUGUUUGAUGAAAAAAAAAAAGAUGAGGGGGUUUUACUGAGUAUCUUUAAAAAAAUAAUGACACCGAUUUUGAUAAGGAGAAAAAUUGAGGCUUGAUGUGCCAGAUCACCCCGUGCCAAGCCCACUCUACCCCAACACUUACAGGGCCCUGCGACAGGCCUGACCCAUAGAAAACGGUUGAUGCGGGGGUGCCUGUAUGACGUACUGUAGAGUUUAAAACCACUAUAACUGUCCCGGCUAUCCGUUGAACUGAAUAUACG